CUUCUUCUUCUUCUCCUGCUCCUUCUUCUGCUGCUUCGGCCUUGGGGCUUCCAGUUCCGGGCUUUGCUUGUCCCCUUGACGCGCCGAAGUCUCGGGCCCUCUGCCUGCGCCUGCCUGCGAGUGACUACCUGCUGCUGCUGCUGCUCGCUGCUAUCGGUCGUCUCUGCUGCCAGAGCUCGACGUUCAUUCCCGGAACUCCUGUUCGGACUUCCUGCUUCUGCUUCUUCCCGGCGUCGUGCUGCGCCUGUCUGCUUCUCUUGUCACUCUGCUCGGCUUUUCUCGUGAGGAGGCUGGUCUUCGAUCGGACCUGCCCGAUACGCACCAUUUGAACGGGGGGCGGACUGCGGUGUCCGGGCACUCGGCCGAGCGAGCGGCUUGCUUAGGCGAAGAAGAUGAUUAGGGUGCUUGUUAGCCUGGCCUUUGAACGAGAGUGCUGGUUAGCCUGCGCUUCCAACUGGCCCUCUUCGACGAGCUUGCGAGGCCUGGUUUCGUGAUUUAGUGGCACGAGCCUGCAUCGUGGAAACGUAAAAUAAAAAAUGGCGAUAUGUUUCCAUCAUUUGUGACAAGGCCAACGCGGCGGAGUUAUCUCACAGGAUUGAUGACCGGUGUAACUUAGGUGGUCGGAUUAGGUUGUAACGGAGAAAGGCGUCAAGAUAAUUGGUUUAUCCUCUCGAGUGGAUUGGAGCGAAAAGCGUGAACCGGUCCCGUCUACUUGCGAACAAUUUCAGUGCGUGCAAGGAUCUGUUACCGUCAAGUUUGAGCUUUAUCUGGGCUAUACGACAUUGAUUUAGGACGAAUUGGUGUUGGGAAAUACGCUGGAGUCUAAGUGGGAGGAGGAAGAGGUGAAUGAGGAGAUGAACGUGCGGUACAUGGCCUUACGACAGCGAGGUUAGUGGAAACGUAGACCGGCAAAAGGGAGGAGAGGAUUAAAGCAGAGAUGCGCGGGGAGGAGAAAAGUGCAACAGGUGGUGGAGGAACCGGAAGCUGUUCUGUGUAAAAGAUUAAUGUCUCAGAAGAAGAGACUGAGCAGUGGUGGAACCGGGGGGUCGACUAUGCUUUCCGCCUCCAAGAAGCCGAAGCCCCAAUCUGCACUGGAUUCCUUUGAGAAAAAUGGGGUGCAACAUUUGACUGGCGAAGAAGACAGUCCUAGUGACCUUAUGAUGAUAGAUCUCAAAGCAGAUGGUUUGUCUGCCGCGGCACCAACCAUGGCAAUGAAUAUGAGUGGUAGUGGAACCACAGCUAAUUUGUCUAGGAAGAAGGCUACUCCUCCGCAACCUGCGAGAAAACUAGUUAUCAAGCCUUUCAAGGAUAAACCUAAAUUACCUACAAAUUUUGAAGACGUCACAUGGGCCAAGAUCAGGGAAGCCGUCAUGGCUAUUCACCUCAAGCAGCCUGUAUCGUGCAGCUUGGAAGAACUAUAUCGGGCGGCGGAAGAUCUUUGUUUGCACAAGAUGUCGGGCAACUUGUACCGAAGGCUCCAACAAGAAUGCGAGACUCAUAUAAUGGCAAAACUUCGGUCCCUUGUGGGACAGAGCCCUGACCCAGUUGUCUUCUUGUCUCACGUGGAGAAGUGCUGGCAAGAUCAUUGCGAUCAGAUGCUGAUGAUUCGAAGCAUUGCGUUGUAUCUGGAUCGGACUUACGUUAUCCAAAACUCAAACGUGAGAUCUCUUUGGGAUAUGGGGCUACAGCUAUUUCGGAAGCACUUAUCAUCCUGCCCUGAAGUCGAGAACAAAACUGUAUCUGGCUUGCUCAAACUGAUUGAGAAGGAGAGGAUGGGUGAAACAGUUGAUCGAACUCUUGUCAAACAUCUGUUGCGAAUGUUCAGUGCGCUUGGCAUUUACUCUGAAAGCUUUGAAAGGCCUUUCUUAGAAUGUACCGCGGACUUUUACGCGGCCGAGGGAAACAGAUUUAUGCAGCAGACUGAUGUUCCAGACUAUCUUAAGCAUGUUGAGGCCCGACUUCACGAAGAAAACGAACGUUGUCUUUUGUACCUGGAUGCCAGCACACGAAAGCCACUUGUGGCUACUGCAGAAAAACAGCUUCUUGAUCGUCAUACAGUCUCGAUACUCGACAAGGGAUUUAGCGUUCUUAUGGAUGCCAACAGGGUUGGCGAUCUGCAACGUAUGUACACCUUGUUCGCACGAGUUAGCGCCCUGGAAUUGUUGAGGCAGGCUCUGAGCUCCUAUAUAAAAGCAACUGGACAAGACAUUGUAAUGGACGAAGAGAAAGACAAAGACAUGGUUUCAUCGCUUCUCGACUUGAAGGCUAGAUUGGACACCAUUUGGGAAGAAAGUUUUUCCAAGAAUGAAAGCUUUGCUAAUACCGUGAAGGAUGCGUGCGAGCACCUGAUCAACCUACGUCAGAAUCGUCCUGCUGAGCUUAUAGCAAAGUUUAUCGAUGGCAAACUCAGAGCCGGGAAUAAGGGAACUUCCGAAGAGGAGCUAGAAGGAACUUUGGACAAAGUUCUUGUUCUGUUCAGGUUCAUUCAGGGAAAAGACGUCUUUGAAGCCUUUUACAAGAAGGACUUGGCGAAGAGGCUCCUGCUUGGUAAAAGUGCGUCCAUUGACGCCGAGAAGUCAAUGAUCUCCAAGCUCAAGACAGAGUGCGGGAGCCAGUUUACGAAUAAGCUGGAAGGCAUGUUCAAGGAUAUUGAACUGUCAAGGGAGAUUAACGAUUCAUUCAGGCAGUCUGCCCAAGCUCGAACAAAACUUCCGUCUGGAAUUGAGAUGAAUGUCCAUGUACUUACAACUGGCUACUGGCCAACCUAUCCACCUAUGGAGGUCAGGCUUCCUCAUGAGUUGAACGUUUACCAGGACAUUUUCAAAGAGUUUUAUCUGAGUAAGCAUAGUGGGCGUCGCUUAAUGUGGCAAAAUUCACUGGGACACUGUGUGUUGAAAGCGAAUUUUCCCAAAGGGAAGAAGGAGUUAUCUGUUUCGUUAUUCCAGACGGUGGUCUUGAUGCUCUUUAAUGAUGCUCAUACGCUAAGUUUUCAAGAAAUAAAGGAUACCACAGCCAUCGAGGACAAAGAACUACGAAGAACACUUCAGUCGUUGGCGUGUGGGAAAGUCAGGGUGCUUUUGAAGCAACCUAAGGGGAGAGAAGUAGAAGACGAGGAUACCUUCGUUUUCAAUGAAGAGUUUGUAGCUCCAUUGUUUCGUAUCAAGGUAAAUGCGAUUCAAUUGAAAGAAACUGUUGAAGAAAAUACAAGUACAACGGAGAGAGUGUUCCAAGAUCGGCAAUACCAGAUUGACGCUGCCAUUGUACGAAUAAUGAAAACUCGGAAGAUGCUGAGUCACACACUUCUAAUUACGGAGCUUUUCCAGCAGUUGAAGUUCCCUAUAAAACCAGCAGAUCUAAAGAAACGAAUUGAGAGCCUUAUUGAUCGGGAGUAUCUUGAAAGGGAUAAGAGCAACCCUCAAAUAUACAACUACCUGGCUUAGCUGGCUGUCAGCGUGUGCUACCGCGUACAACAGAUGCAGAGCUUGACUCAUUUUUGGUAGAGGCGAAGUUUCAGCUUCUCUACAUCAGCAGAUCACACUGAAGUGAUGUGGAUGCUGAGGAUUGAUGAGGACGGUUUCUGUUAUAAAGUGGUGUAAUUUCUUUGGGAUAAGCCUUAAAUCUGCUGGGAGUAUUUUUUCCAUAUCUGCGUGUCUCUCUCAAGUUUAUUGGAACUGUUCUCAAACUAAAGCACCAGCGGUUUCAGCUUGUAGUGUACAUUCAAACCUUUGUUAACGCAUCUGGAAAAUUUCGAAUCAGCAAUUUUUCCUAGUCAGCAGUCACUCGGCACUAGAAUGUGUAAAGCCACAUCUGGUCUCAUUUGUAAUUAAGUUGAGGUUUUUCCCAUGUGGAAGUAAGUAAAAUGAGUUCGUUAAU